ACUGCUGGUUCAUGCUCAGUGUGCUAAUGAGCUCUUCCACGUCUCCACAGAAAAUGGGGUGGAGUUAAGCCUACUUGCAGCUCAGUGGCCAAUGGAAAGGCCCCAGAAUUAACAGCAGUAUUUAUGAACAGUUAUGUUGUGCAGCAGAUUAGACCAGGACUGAGGAGAUGCAACAGCAGCAAUUGCAGACGUCAAAGAUGGUUUCCCACGUGUCCCUGUUGAGGGCGCUGUGCUGCCUGCUGUUAAUGCCAGGUUUGCUAGACGCAACAUCUCUUGUGAAAGUAAAGAAUCCUGGAGGGAAUCAAGUGAGCAUUGAUUCAGCUCGAGCACAUGAUUUCUUGACUAAUUCUCGACCUAAGAGGAACAUUGACCCAAAGUGGUACCGAGGCAAUCCUGAUUUUCAGUCCUACUACCGCUAUUACAACAGCAUUGGGCACAUUGAAGGAAUCUAUGAGAUUGACAGGAUCAGGAUGCUGUAUCAGCAGAUGCGUCACUUGGAGCUGACCUACGGCCCAGAUGCCUCCAGUUACCAAAAUGUCAUGGGUGUACUGACUACCACUGCAGCACCAACCACAACCACACAGCCUCCUCCACCUCCCACCACUCCUGCUCCUACACCAGACCCUCUGGAGAAUGCUCAGAGGAUCUAUUUGUGUAACCCUAAAGACCCACUGUGCAAACCUCAGAUUGUCUACCUGCCAACUGGGGCUGUUCCAGUGCUGUGUGACCCACGACUCAACCCCGCCUGCAGGCCCAAAACAGAGGAGGAGAUAAAGGCAGCAGCUCCUCCUCAACCACCCCCACCUCCUCCUGCUCCCAAAAAGUCUGUCCCACCUCCACCUCCAGCUGCCACUCCCAAAGGCAUGGAGUAUGACUGCGACCCAUACUGGGAUCCUGACUGCCUCAUCGACCACCCUCCCCGCCCUAUCCAGGAAACAUCCGAACCAGAGGCACCAGCUGAGGAGAAAGUGGUGAAAGAGGAAGAAGCAAAAGCUGAGGAAAGUGUCCCUGCAGCACCAGCCGCCCCAAAAGCGCUCUACCCUUUCUUCGACCCUUAUGAUUUCAAACGUGACCUUUAUGACCCCUCUCGUUACACCGAUCCAGCUCCAGAACCACAGUAAAAAACAAAGUGCUUAAAAAACGAUAGCCUUCUAUGCAGGGCAAGACUACAAAAUCAAAUCACAAGGCUAAAACAAGACUGUGAGCAAAUCCACACUCAAUUGUAAAAUUCAAAUCAUGCAGAUUAUCGCAUGUUUUAUGAGACAGACAUGUAAACAAUGCUUUUAUGCUCAUAGUUUUUCCAAAUGACAAAUCAAA